UGCUUCGAUCGGUUUUGACAACAUGACGAUGCUUUUCCAUGUUUAUUCUAGCCGUUAAGUUGGUAGAGUGCCGCAGAACUAUCAAAUCAUCCUGACUACCAGUUUAUCAUAAAGAAGCCGAAAAUGGGAGACGGAGACAAAGCCGCAAUUAAAACUGACACAGUGGUAGAAGAUGAAAAAGCAGAUCUGUCCGAAGAAGAUAAAUUGCUACAGGAGGAGCUCAACUUAUGUGUUGAAAGAUUGCAAGAAAAUGAUGAACUUCAGUAUGUCCCAGCUCUUAAAACUCUUGGCAACCAAAUUAGAGCCUCCACCACAUCAAUGACUUCAGUGCCAAAGCCACUGAAGUUCAUGAGACCUCACUAUGGCACCAUGAAGCAAAUCUAUGAUAAGCUCACCAAUGACACCAUAAAAAUAGAAGCUGCUGAUGUCAUAUCUGUGCUAGCAAUGACCAUGGGAGAGGGUGUCAGGGAGUGCUUAAAGUACAGACUCCUUUCCAAUUUGAAUAGCAUAGGUGAGUGGGGCCAUGAAUAUGUCAGGCAUUUGGCUGGUGAGAUUGCUCAGGAAUGGGGAGACAUAAAUGGUGAUACAGAGAAUGAAGCCGAUUUGAAGGAUAAACUCAUCCGCUUGGCUAAACAGAUUGUUCCAUAUAAUAUGAGCCACAAUGCUGAGGCAGAAGCAUGUGAUCUGCUCAUGGAAAUUGAAAGAUUAGAUUUAUUGCAACAAUUUGUUGAUGAAAAUAUUUACAACAGAGUUUGCUUGUACUUGACAAGCUGUGUUCCUUAUGUAGCCGAUCCUGAGAACACGACAUUGCUUAAAACUGCUUUGAUGUUAUUCAGAAAGUUCGAACAAUACCCACAAGCGCUUCGUUUAGCUAUGCAGCUAAAUGAUCAUCAAUUGAUUGAAGAGAUCUUCACAUCUUGCUCAGACACUACUAUGCAAAAGCAAUUGGCGUUUAUGCUGGGUCGCCAGCAAAUUUUCAUCGAUAUUAAUGAAAGUACCCCGGAAUAUGACGAUUUAAUUGAAAUCAUGGCUAACUGUCAUCUGAACAAUCAUUUCCUUAACUUGGCCAGAGAGUUAGACAUCAUGGAACCGAAAACUCCAGAGGAUGUGUACAAAUCACAUUUGGAAAAUACUAGACCGCAGUUUGGUGGAGGUCAAGUGGAUUCUGCGAGACAAAAUUUAGCUGCCAGUUUCGUGAACGGUUUUGUAAAUGCAGCCUUUGGUCAAGAUAAACUGUUGAUGGAAGAUGGAAAUAAGUGGUUGUUCAAAAACAAGGAACACGGAAUGCUGAGUGCUACUGCUUCUCUAGGAUUGGUUUUGCUUUGGGAUGUAGAUGGUGGUCUAACUCCUAUUGAUAAAUAUCUUUAUUCAUCUGAAGAUCAUAUUAAAUCGGGUGCACUCUUAGCAUGUGGAAUUGUUAAUUGCGGCGUUCGGAAUGAAUGCGAUCCAGCUUUAGCCUUAUUGUCUGAUUACGUAUUGCACAACACGAACAUUAUGCGUUUGGGAGCAAUCGUUGGAUUAGGCUUAGCUUACGUUGGAUCCAAUAGAGAGGCCGUGUUAAGCCUGCUUACUCCAGUUUUUACUGAUGCCAAAUCUAAUAUGGAAGUAGUUGGUAUGGCUGGUCUAGCUUGUGGCAUGAUCGCCGUUGGUUCUGGUAAUCCUGAAGUUACUAGUACCAUCAUUCAAACACUUUUAGAACGUCCCGAGUCCGAUUUAAAGGACACGUAUGCGAGGUUCUUACCAUUGGGUUUGGGUCUUUGCUAUCUUGGUAGGCAAGAAGAGGUUGAGGCUGUAGUAGCCACGUUAGAAGUUAUUCCAGAACCUUUCAAAUCAAUGGCUAUUACUAUGGUAGAAGUUUGCGCAUAUGCUGGAACUGGCAAUGUACUUAAAAUACAGCAGCUCCUUCAUAUAUGCUCAGAACAUUACGAACCAGAGAAGGAUGACAAAGGAAAAGAUAAGAAUAAGGAUAAAGAUGAGAACUACAAGGACCUGUCAUCCAAACAGGCCAUCGCUGUAUUGGGUAUUGCUUUGAUUUCAAUGGGAGAAGAUAUUGGCGGCGAGAUGGCUUUCCGCACAUUCGGACAUCUGUUAAGAUAUUGCGAACCCGUGAUCCGUCGCGCCGUACCCUUAGCUUUAGGAUUAAUAUCAGUUUCCAACCCGAAGCUGGGAAUUCUUGAUACGUUAAGUAAAUUCUCUCACGACAGUGACUCUGAGGUUGCACAUAAUGCCAUCUUCGCAAUGGGACUUGUCGGUGCAGGAACGAACAACGCCAGGUUAGCUGCUAUGCUCAGGCAAUUGGCUCAGUUCCAUGCUAAGGAUCCGAACAACUUAUUCAUGGUCAGAAUUGCACAGGGCUUGACUCAUUUAGGCAAAGGAACACUUUCUUUGAGCCCUUACCACAGUGACAGGCAGUUGCUUAGCCCAGUUGCCGUCGCCGGUUUGAUGGCUACGCUUGUUGGAUUUCUGGACGUGAAGAACAUCAUUUUGGGCAGGUCCCAUUAUUUAUUGUACACGUUGGCUGCAGCGAUGCAACCCCGUAUGUUGGUCACAUUUGACGAGGAGUUGAACCCACUCGCUGUACCUGUGAGAGUUGGUUUGGCCGUCGAUGUAGUAGGACAGGCUGGAAAACCUAAAACCAUCACCGGGUUUCAGACGCAUACCACGCCCGUAUUGUUGGCAUUCGGAGAAAGGGCUGAACUAGCUACCGAAGAGUACAACAGCCUCACGCCCAUCAUGGAGGGCUUCGUAAUCCUCAGGAAGAAUCCCGAGUUUAAUCCCUAGUUUUGUUCCGUUCUAACUAAAGAAACAAUAUUUUCUUUUCUUUUUGUAUCUGAUAAGUAAAAUAUAACAACGUAUUUAUAA